AGUGUAUUAGAUUUAAGAUUCUGAGCUGAGUUGUUGAGUUGAGAAACAAGCUUACGUUAUCUAUCUGGAUUCUGUGCUGUGCUUUUUGUGGCGUUAACGUCAAGAUUGUGAAAACACAACACAUUCUAUUCUAUUCUAUGUCUUGUCUUUCUUCUGCAUUACAAAAGGACAACGCCGCAAGACUUGUCUUUGGAGUUUCCUUCCAAAGUUUGCAGCUUUUUCAUUUUCCCAUCAAUUUCCACCCAGAUAAGUAACUCUCUUCUCCCAAGUUUUGAUUUUUCCUCUAGUUUUGCACACAACCAGUCUGGAAUUUCCUUCUCUGAGCUGGGAUUCGUAUUAGCAGAAAAAAAAAUCCCAUUUUGGAGACAAGGGUAUUUUUGUAUUGAAUUGACUCUUUUCAAGCCAUUGUGGUAAGAGGGUAACCCAAGUCAAUCUUCAUAAUCAUAGCACUGCUUUGAGAUUUUCAACUUGUUUCCUAAUAGCUACCCAUUUGUUUGUUGUAUAUUAUGCAUCAUUUUCUUUGUUUUUGGAUCCUGUCAAGUUGAUUAUAUUUGAAGUUCUUUGUAAUUGGUUUUCUUGUGUGUGUAUUGGACUGAACCUUGAGUAUUGUAGUAGAUAAGAGAAGUGAUUACUUGGUGUUGGAUUGAAAAUGGGGAACAAAAAGAAGCAAGUAGGAGAAGCAAAUGAAGAUAGAGGAUAUGACAAUGAUACUAUGGUAUUUAUAUCCAUGUCUCAAGAGUUGAAGGAUGAGGGGAACAAGCUGUUCCAAAAGAGGGAUCUCGAGGGAGCUAUGCUAAAAUAUGAGAAAGCCCUCAAAUUGCUUCCGAGGAAUCACGCUGAUGUGUCCUAUCUACGGAGUAACAUGGCUGCGUGUUACAUGCAGAUGGGGAUCACGGAGUAUCCGAGGGCGAUUCAUGAGUGCAAUCUGGCUCUUGAAGUGACACCGAAAUACAGUAAAGCUCUGUUGAAGAGGGCAAGGUGCUAUGAGGCUUUGAAUAGACUGGAUUUAGCUCUGAGAGAUGUGAGUGCUGUUUUGAAGACAGAGCCGAAUAAUGUCAUGGCAUUGGAGGUCUCAGAAAAGGUGAAAAAUGCACUUGAGGAGAAAGGAUUAAGAGUGAAUGAUACAGUAAUUGAGUUACCUCCAGAUUAUGUUGAACCUCCUAAUGCUUUGCCUCCAGAAAAGGUUGUGAAAGAGAAGACACGAAAGAAGAAGAGCAAUAAAGAGGAAGAGAAGCCACGUGAUAAAAAAGUUCUAGAAAAGCAGGCUGAGGAGAAACUUGAAGAGAAGAAGUCUGAGGAUCGUAUAAAUGUAGUAGAGAGGAAGACCAACACGUCCAAAAAGAAGAAGGCCAAGGAAAAAUUUUAUGAGAAGAAGGCUGAUAUUAAGGAAGUUGUAGAGGAGAAAAGUAAGGGUAGAAAGGAAGAUGUACCUAAGAAAACAGCAAAACUGAUUUUUGGUGAAGAUAUAAGAUGCGCUGAAUUGCCUGCUAAUUUUAGCCUCUUGCAGUUAAGAGAAGUUAUUCAUGACCGAUUCCCAGGCCUAGGAGCUUUUCUUGUCAAAUACAGGGACCACGAAAGUGAUUUGGUCACAAUCACUUCUGACGAAGAAUUAAAAUGGGCUGAAACAGGAUCUCAUGGUUCUAUUCGCGUGUACGUAGUAGAAGUUACUCCUCAGCAGCAGGAUCCAUUUUUUGAGAACCACAAAGUAAAGGAGGCGAAAAUGGUUGGCAUUAACAACGUACCUGAGAAUGGUUGUGUGGUAAAGGCAAAGGAAGUUAUUAGCUCAUCUUGUAUUGAGGAUUGGAUACUUCAGUUUGCCAAACUGUUCAAGAACCAUGUUGGGUUUGAAUCUGACAGAUACUUGGAUUUUCAUGAACUUGGGAUGAAGCUCUAUUCUGAGGCUUUGGAGGAGACAGUUACAAGUGAAGAAGCUCAAUGCCUAUUUGACAUGGCAGGAGAUAAGUUUCAAGAGAUGACUGCUCUGGCAUUGUUCAACUGGGGAAAUGUGCAUAUGUCCAGAGCAAGGAAGAAAGUAUAUUUCACAGAAGAUUCUUCUAAAGAGAAUCUAUGUGAACAAAUCAAAAGUUCAUAUGACUGGGCACAGAAAGAAUACGCGAAAGCAGGAGAACAAUAUGAAGCAGCCAUUAAAAUAAAGGCAGAUUUUUAUGAAGGGUUUCUUGCACUAGGACAGCAGAAGUUUGAGCUAGCAAAACUUUCUUGGUAUCAUGCACUCAGUAGUAAUGUGGAUUUAGUAACAUGGCCUGCCACUGAGGUUCUUCAGCUUUACAAUAGCGCUGAGGAAAAUAUGGAGAAAGGAAUGCAGAUAUUGGAAAAAUCAAAAGACCAACACUUGAGUAAAAUCUCCGAUUCGAAGGAUGUUGGAUUAAAUUUACAGAGCAUGGAGUUGGAUGGCCUUUUUAAAAUUAUAUCCUCAGAUGAAAUUGCUGCACAGGAGGCAAAUAUGAGGUCUCAAGUAAAUCUUCAAUGGGGUACCAUGCUGUAUGAACGCUCAAUUGUAGAGUUCAAAUUAGGGAUACCAAUAUGGCAUGAAUCUCUAGAAGCUGCGUUUGAGAAGUUUGAACUUGCUGGAGCUUCUCCUACUGAUAUAGCUGUGAUGUUGAAGAACCACUGUUCAAAUAAUACUGCAGUAGAUGGUCUAGCAUUCCAAAUCGAUGAAAUAGUACAAGCAUGGAAUGAGAUGUACAAAGCAAAGAAGUGGCAGAGUGGAGUUCCUUCAUUUCGAUUGGAACCCUUAUUCAGAAGGCGAGUUUCAAAAAUUUGUCAUGACUUUGAUCUUGCAUGAGUUGUGUCUCUUUCUUCAAGUAUUUGAAGAAUAACAGUGGCAACAGUCACAUGGGAUGCUUCUGUGCCAGAAAUACUAUUGUCAUCAGAAGGUUAUGCUUUCUACUUGUAUAUUUUGAUUCAACAGUAUACUCAAAAGAAACUAUUCUUUCAUUGUGCUUACAUGUUCCAAGAACACAUAGGUCUACAAGUUCUUCACAAGCUGGGAAGAUGGCGUUGCAGGAAUGACCUUUUACUCAGUUUCUGCAUUUGCUCAAGUUGACUUCCCUUCAAUUAUUGGAUAUCUAGUGGUUUGUAGGAUAUUGAAUUUGUACCAAAAACAGUGAAAACGAUAUGUUGUUCAUUUUUGUUGUUUUCCUUCUUGUUUCAUUUAUUAUCCAUUUGAAACUAAUCUAUAUUGAGUCAGUCUUUCUGAAUGAGAUCUCCUUGUACUGAAGUAUUAAACGUACCAGUUGCAACUCAUACUCAAAGGCAAAACAUGUGUGAAGUUUUUCAAGAGUGUUAUGGAAGUGUUCAUUCAAACUGCAGCUUAUCUGAAUAAUGCAUAUUGAACAUAAAGUUAUUUAUGCAUUUUGCAAGAAAUUUCAGUACGUUUGCUGACCCUGCAUUUUAUAUUAUGCGCUUCAGAAUACAUCCCCAUAUGUAUAGUUGUGCAUUCAUUGUUAAAGUGGC